AUAAAGUGCUUGAUUAUAAAAACAGUGUGAACUUUAUGCGUGAGCUGACGUUUGAAAGAUUUUGACAAACUAUUUUGGAAAAGGAAAUUGCAGUUAAAAAGUGUUUCAAGUAGAUUAUAACACUGCAACUGUUUUAUCUAUUUUAGAAUGGAAGUUAACAAUCAAGAUGAAUAUGUCACAUUAUGAAAAGGUUUCGUCAGCGCAAAAUUAUUGAAAGCAAGCCUCGCUCAGGAAGGCCUAAAGUUACAACUGAAAAGGCUGUUAAGUUAUUAGUAAGUUAUUGCAAGAAUAAUCCUCGCAUGACUGCUGUCGAACUUAAUUCAAUUAUGCAUCAGUUUCAAGGCACAAACUGUAUCGUUGAUACAACUAAACGUCAAUCACGACAAAAUAAUCUGUAUGGCUGCCGUCCAGUUAAGAAACCUCUUAUUUCGAUUAUAAGUGAACAGAAGCAUAAGAAAUGGUUGCAGAAAAGAAAAUAUACUUUCAUUGCGUUUUCAAUUCAAAUGGUUAUUAUAGGAAUGGAAUGGAGUCUUACCAUUGUAACAUUAUGGUCGUAUAUAAAAGAAAUGAUUAUUACAAACAAUCUAAAACUAAUUUAUGGUCUUGUUUCCGUGUCAUACAUGCUUGCAUCUACUAUAAUAACACCGUUUAUUGGAAGGUAUGUUGAUAGACGUCGAAACAUCAAUACUUGUUUUUUAAUAUGCAACAUGUGGAUGCUUAUUGGCAAUGUGAUUUACAGCCUUCCCUUUUCACCUCUUUUUUUAAUUGGAGGAAGAAUUAUUACUGGUUUUGGCGGAGCAUUAAAACCUAUUAUUUACAGCGAAACGGUUCGAAAUUACCCAACAAACGAAAUAAGUUCAAAGUUGUCAAUUUUAUCAAUGAUGGUAUAUUUUGGAUUCAUGUUAGGCCCAGGCAUAAAUUUCUCUUUUAAAAAUAUUGACUUUUUUAUAGGUCACUGGCAUUUACAAUACGCAAAUUUUACUGGGCUUUUUAUGGGUAUUUAUGUUUUAUUAUGGAAAUUCUUACCAUGACGAUGGUGUAUGAUGUUUCUAAAGAGUUUGAUUACAAAGCCAUAGAUAAAAGCAGUUUUUCAAUCGAUAAAACGAAUGAAUUUUAUGUCGAUGAUAUACUACCGUUAUUAGAAAACGAUAGUGAAAACAACGCAACAACCGUACUUAAAACAGCAGUUCUUCAACCAAUAAAUUCAAACCAGCACACUGUAAUAAAGAUUUUGAAAGUAUUGUUUCUUAGCUUUGAAUCAGCACUGCUUUUGUUUUCUAACUUUUUUCUAGCAUUUUUUUUUAUUAAAACAGAUAUUUGGCUACCGCUAUUAAUUAUUGAAAAGAUGCACCUCUCGGUGACGGAAAUAAAUAUCUGUUUUUUUGGAGUAAGCGGAAUCUGCGCUAUUAUAUUAUUACGAAUUAUACAUAGACCGUUUUCUGAUAAGAACAUAAUAAUGAUAAUAAUUUUAAGCUUAGUUGGCUUUUGCGCUGUUAGCGCAGGCUAUAUUAUUCUUUCAUAUAUUCCUAACAACAAAGCUUUGAACAUUUUUAUGAGUAUCGUUUAUAUGACAUGUAAUGCAGGAACGCCUAUAAUUAUAGAUGUGUACUUUGUAAAUACGCUUGCUAAAAUGGUAAAUUCAAAUGUUCUGACAUUUGUAGACAGUGUUCGAUCUUCAAGCUUUACUGCUGGAGCAUUAUUGGCUUUUUCUUUCUCCGCGUUCAUUUUUGAUUAUGUUGCAAUAUUUGGAACAUUGUACAUUGUCAUAAUGAUAGUUAUUGGAAUCCUGUUUAUUUGCAGAAAAAAUUUUUUUAUAAAUCCUAAACUAUUAAUAUAAGUUUUGUUGUGUUGUUAUUGGAUAAAACUUUGAAUAACUUAAAUAAUUUGGGUAGGUUUAAUAAUUG